AUGCUUGUGCGUAGAAGGUUUCCACUACUACAAAGAGUGAUUAAGAGUUCUGAGGUCAGAAGGUCGCUAGCAACGUCUCAGAAUUUGGACCAACUGUUUCCUACUACAUACGAUAAUAUUAACGAUAAAGAUGCUAAUAAAUACAAUAAUCAGAUUCCUCCAUACGCUAAACUUAUUAGGAAUCUUUUUGCAUUGAAGAAAUUCGCCAAUGACAAGCCGUUAACUUUAACAGAAAAGAUCUUGUAUACACAUUUGACUGAUAUCAAAGAGACAAUUGGCACCAUUAGCAGUUAUAAUAGUAUUUAUGACAUCAGAGGUGAUGAAUAUUUGAAAUUAUCUCCAGAUAGGGUUGCCAUGCAAGAUGCCUCAGCUCAAAUGGCCCUUUUACAAUUUAUUAAUACUGGUUUGCAGCAGAUUGCUGUGCCGGCUUCGAUUCAUUGUGACCAUCUUAUUGUAGGGAAGAAUGGUGAAGAAAAGGAUUUAGCUAGAUCAAUUGCUACAAAUAAGGAAAUUUUCGAUUUCUUACACAAUUGUGCAACCAAGUAUGGUAUCCAGUUCUGGGGACCUGGCUCAGGUAUCAUCCAUCAAAUCAUCUUGGAAAAUUUCAGUGCUCCCGGUUUGUUGAUGCUGGGUACUGACUCUCAUACACCAAAUGCUGGUGGUUUGGGUGCCAUUGCAAUCGGCGUAGGUGGUGCCGAUGCUGUGGAUGCAUUGACUGCUACUCCAUGGGAGUUGAAAACUCCAAAGGUCAUGGGUGUUAAAUUGACUGGUCAACUAAAUGGUUGGUCUUCGCCAAAAGAUGUCAUUACGAAAUUGGCUGGGUUGCUAACGGUAAGGGGUGGCACAGGGUUUAUCAUUGAGUAUUUCGGAGAAGGUAUUAAUCACCUGUCUUGUACAGGGAUGGCAACGAUCUGUAAUAUGGGGGCGGAAGUAGGUGCUACAACAUCACUUUUCCCUUAUAUGGAUGCCCACAAACGUUAUUUAAAUGCCACAGGUAGACAUUUUGUGACAAAAUAUGCAGAUGUUGCAUUGAAUCAAUUCAAUUUAUUGCGUGCUGAUGAAGGAUGUCAUUAUGAUAAAGUUAUUGAAAUAGAUUUAUCUGCUUUAGAACCAAGUGUCAAUGGUCCUUUCACCCCGGAUCUUUCGACUCCAAUAUCUGAAUACGGUAAGAUUUCCAAGAAAAAUAACUGGCCUCAGGAUAUUUCUGCAGGUUUGAUCGGUUCUUGCACAAAUUCUUCUUAUGAAGAUAUGAGUCGUGCUGUUAAUCUAGUCAAGCAAGCUAGCAAAGCAGGCUUAAAGCCAAAGAUUCCCUUUUUUGUUACACCAGGUUCAGAACAAAUUCGUGCCACCUUAGAUAGAGACGAUAUAAUUAAGACUUUUGCCGAAAAUGGAGCAACAGUUCUAUCAAAUGCAUGUGGUCAGUGUAUUGGCCAAUGGGACAGAGAAGAUGUACCAAAACAAACUCAGAAAGAAAAUUCAAUUUUUACUUCCUUUAACAGAAACUUUAGAGCUAGAAAUGAUGGUAAUAAAAAUACAAUGAAUUUCUUAACAUCUCCAGAAGUGGUAACCGCUAUGAUUUAUUCGGGUGAUGCUCAAUUCAAUCCAAUAACCGAUUCUAUUCCUCUGCCAAAUGGUGGUUCAUUCAAAUUCUCACCACCAAAUGCUGAAGAACUUCCUGCAAACGGAUUCAAGCAUGGUAGAAAUGAACUCUAUCCGACUGAAGGUGUUCCAACAGCAAAUCCAGAUGUAGAAAUUAAUGUCUCACAGGAAUCUAAUCGUUUGCAAUUACUGACACCAUUUGAUCGAUGGGAUGGAAAGGAAUUGAAAACUACCAUUUUACUGAAAGUAGAAGGGAAAUGUACAACUGAUCACAUAUCUGCAGCAGGGGUGUGGCUAAAAUACAAAGGUCAUUUAGAAAAUAUAUCCUAUAACACUUUAAUUGGUGCACAAAAUAAAGAAACUGGAGAGGUAAAUAAAGCGUAUGACUUGGAUGGAACUGGCUACGACAUCCCUGCAUUGAUGAUGAAAUGGAAAGAUGAAAAUAGACCGUGGAAUGUUGUUGCAGAACACAACUACGGUGAAGGUUCAGCAAGAGAGCAUGCGGCAUUGUCGCCAAGGUAUUUAGGUGGUAAGAUGUUAUUGGUUAAAUCAUUUGCAAGAAUACAUGAAACUAAUUUGAAGAAACAAGGUAUAUUGCCUCUUACUUUUAUGCAUGAGGAUGACUACGAUAAAUUAAGCUCAGGUGAUAUUCUGGAAACAAUAGGUUUAGCAGACAUGAUCAAUAAGGGAGGUGAUAAUGGUGGUACCUUGGAUGUAAAGGUAACAAAGAAAAAUGGUAACUCUUUUAUUAUCAAAACGAAGCACACUAUGUCUAAGGAUCAAGUCGGAUUUUUCAAGGCAGGUUCAGCAAUCAAUUUUAUUGGUACUGUAUUUAAUUGA